AUGAAAGGCGCCUUAAUAACAUGGCUGUUGGUACAGAUCUUCUUAGUACUGGGUGAUCAGUUCCCAAAACCAACAUUUCUGGAUCAUUUACCAAAAACUGCAAAAGAAGAAGUGGAAAAUAUACUGUGGUCCAAUCGGAACAAGUCAGAUUCGCAAGUGGAAGCAGAACUUGAGAAAUGGGCCAACACUCAAGGUGGCGCUAUCAAGGUUGCUUUUUACUGUUCUUCCAUUUUUUUCUGUGAAAAUUGA